AUGGAUAUUGUGGCGUUUUUGGUUGAUAUCACUUCACACCUGAAUGAACUGAAUUUGAAGCUGCAGGGGAAGGACAAUUCAAUCUGUGAACUGAUGACAGCUGUCUGCUCCUUUCAGAGGAAACUUGAAGUGUUCAAAGAAGAUCUGCAAGGAGACUAUGCACACCUCCCAACAGUGAAGGAACAGGUUCAGGGACAGAGAGAUGUGUCCUCUUUUGUUGACUUUGUUGAUAAGCUGAUUGAAAACUUCAGCAAACGUUUUGAUAGCUUCAGCUUUGGACAGCAGCUCACCAUGUUCAUAAAGAACCCAUUUCUCAUCACUGAUGAGGACGACAGCUCUGCUGGAUGGACUCUGAGGAGAAACACAAGCAAACAACAGAGGACUCAGUGUGGAGAUGUGUGGGGAGAAGGUGCUGGUUCUUCCUGUAACAUCAGUUAUACUGACCAAUAUGACAGUGGAGUUUACUGGUGUGAGUCCAGAGAGGGUCCCAUCAGUAACAUGGUUAACCUGACAGUCACUGGUGGAUCAGUGAUCCUGCAGAGUCCUGUCCUCCCUGUGAUGGAGGGAGAUGACGUCACUCUGCUCUGUAAAACAAAGACCACUCCCUCCAACCUCCCAGCUGCUUUCUAUAAAGAUGGCUCCCUCAUCAGGAAGCAGCCUACAGGUCACAUGACCAUCCAGCAUGUUUCCAGGUCUGAUGAAGGCCUCUACAAGUGUGACAUCAGCGGUCAUGGAGAGUCUCCAUCCAGCUGGAUCACUGUCACAGACAAACACACCACCACACCUCCACCUACAUCCACCUCUCCUCCAGUUUUCACCUCCAUCACUCUUCUUCCAUCAGUCUCUCCUCCUGUUCUCUCUGUGUUGUCAUGUGUUGGAUCAGUCUGUGUUGUGGUUCUACUGGUGUUACUGGUUCUGCUGGUGAGACGAUGUGUUCACAGGAAACCUGAAGCAGAUCAAGAAGAAACUGGAGAAGAUGACAUCAUCACUCAUGUCAUGUACAGUUUCAUCAAAUCAUCAACAACAGCCAGUCAGACAAAGCAGAGGAGGUGAAGCCAGAGAGCAAAAGGAUCUCAAUCCCCUUCCUAAGAUCCAGUAAAACAUCUCCAGUCCUCUGAAGUUUCUCUCCUUUGGCUUUUAGAUGCAUCCUUGAUCCAAAUGAUUAUCUCACUUGUUAUCAGUUUGCCAAAACUGAUGGCAUGCAAAAAAGGGGGACUCAACUAUUUGAAUCCGCUGUAUUGGAGUAGUGAUGCAUCUAAAAAGUAAAAACAACCAGUUGGGGAAAAAUGUGACUUUGGCUCAUGUUGAGGUUUAGCUCAUCUGUUACUAUGUAAAAAGGCACGACAUGAUGGCUGCUAAGAUGUUUGAUUUAUUUUUAAAUGGACAUUUAUGCAGCGUAGCACUGAGGGCACAUUUAAAUAUGUAGUUUAAUUAUACGUUUGUUUCCUUUGAGUAUAAUUUGAUAAGUCAGAUGUAACCGUGUGUGUUUAACUCUGUACUUACUGAGUGUUGUUCACUGUGAGCUGGACUGUGUGUUUGUGGUCUGUGGUUAACUGAAGCUAACAGCUCUGCAGUCGUCCAGCAUCCUGUUUCUGAUAGAAAGAAAACACUUCAGCUGCAGCUGUUUCAACACAGAGCUGUUUAUUUUAAAAUCAGGAAGGAACAUCAUUUGGAAAAGCAUCUAAACUCUGCACACAGGCCAUCAGUUCAUUUAAAGAGAAAAGUAUAUUGAGAAAUUAUUUUAAUAUUGUUCACAAUUUUUUCUUUAAAUUCACCUUUUUUAUAUUUAACUGAAAUUAAAAUUUUAAAUUCUAUCUCUGUGUCUCUACUGAGAUCCUGAAUCUAUAAAGUUUAUAUAUUUGUAAGUUUAUAGUUUCUGUGACAUCCUGACAUGUGGUGUAGUCUGAAGCUGUUGAGACGUCUCACUGCAGAGUGUUUUGGUUUGUCUAAUAAUAAUGUUCAUGCUGUGAGAACAUGUUUGCUUUCUGCUCUGUGGUGAAGUAUUUAAAGAAGUGGCAGCUUUGUGGUCGUCUGUCUUAUUUAUCACAGAAACACAAGUUCUUUGUCAGUCUGAGUUUCACAGCAGAGAUGUGAAGAUGAGAAAAUUUUGAAAAGCUGCUGUGGUUUAUUAAAAUGAUCUCUUCAUGAAGGUAACAAUAAAGCAUAAAUAAAUCAGCCUUUUUACAGCCAUAUUGCUAAGCUGAUGAAAAAAUUGACUUGAUCCUGUUUGGUUGAGGCUAACUGAUACACUCCUCUCUUCAUUGCAGAAAAUAACAAACAUUAAACCACAGAAACAGCAG